AGAUAACAUACAAGUAGAACAAGAAGAGAAUUAUAAGGAAAGAUCACUCAAAGAUCAAAAAACUUAAGUUAAAGCACAAGUUGGUAGGCACUGGGUUGUAGUGUGUAAUGUAUUCUGAUAAUGAUCUCACAGGAACUUCUUGCCCAGGAGAAGACACAGGCAUCAAGUUCAAACAAUGAGGAGGUUGACCUUGACGAGCUUAUGGAUGAUCCUGAGCUGGAAAAAUUGCAUGCUGAUAGGAUUGCAGCGCUAAAGGAUUUAUUUGAACAGAAAGAAGCUGAGAAGCGAGAAGCCUUAAAAAAGCAAGGACACGGUGAGUGUACGGAGAUAAGUGAGGGAGAUUUCUUGGGUGAGGUCACUAGGAGUGAGAAGGUGGUUUGUGACUUCUACCAUAAGGAGUUCUACAGAUGCAAAACAAUGGAUAAGCAUUUGAAAGCCCUUGCACCAAAGCAUCUGGAUACGAAGUUCAUCCAGCUGGAUGAUGAGAUGCCUAUCUACAGUGUGGGAUUGUUCCCUCAAGGAGAGGGGGAUGACAAGAAUUCUGAGAAGACAUUCCUGAAUCUUGGAGGAAAAGAUGAUUUCACCACUGAGACAUUAGAGGUGCUACUGCUAAAGAAUGGUGUAAUUAGUGAGAAGAAAGAUGAUGAAGAUGACGAAGAGGAUGAUUAUCAUGAGAACACACGCAGGACAGUGAGAUCUUGUCUGAAUCAUGACUCGGACUCUGACUGAGCAGGGAAACAAUAGCAGUUUUCUAACAAAAUUGUCAGUGGUUCUUGCAACUGUAUGAAUUUUCACAAUCAAUUUUCUGUUUGUUAUCUCAAGAAAUACAUUUUGAAAAAGUGUUUUACAGUAUAGAUUACAUGUUAAAAAUAUAAUAUGUCCUAUGAA